GCUGCCGCCGCCGCAGCCUCAGUCAGUCAGUCAGUCCCCAGCAAUGGCGGAAGGAGGUGAGCGAGAGGAGCUGCUCUCGCCGUCGCCGGUCUCCCCAGCCAAGCGGCUGUGCUCGUGGCCCAGCCCGCCGCCUCACUACCCUCGCGGUUCGUCCGGGACGGUCAGCGGCGGGGCAGGGGGCGUCGGCGGUAGCUGCCUGACCCCUGGGGCCCGCCCCCACCUGCAGCCCGAGUCCUUGCUGGACUGCGCCGCCAAGACAGUGGCGGAAAAGUGGGCGUACGAGCGGGUGGAGGAGCGCUUCGAGCGGAUCCCGGAGCCCGUGCAGCGCCGCAUCGUCUACUGGUCCUUCCCGCGGAAUGAGCGGGAGAUCUGCAUGUACUCCAGCUUUCAGUACCGGGGUAGCUCCGGCGCUGGCGCUGCUGGUGGCGCCGCGGGGACUUCGCCGGCCGAGGAGGGGCCGCCGCCGCCCCCCGGGGCCGCAGCUCCGGCCGGCCCCGCCCCCGGGGCUGCCGCGGUUGGGGCGUCCCCGGGACUGGGCGCAGGAGCCAGCGCGGCCGGCGGCGGCAGCGGCGAGGGGCUGCCCUUCCGCCGGGGCAUCCAUCUGCUGGACAGCGGCUCCGUGGAGAACGUGCUGCAAGUCGGCUUCCAUCUGAGUGGCACAGUAACUGAGCCAGCCACAGCUUCCGAACCAGCAAUGACUUACAAAGUUGCAAUCAGUUUUGAUCGAUGCAAAAUUACUUCAGUGACAUGUGGCUGUGGGAACAAGGACAUAUUCUACUGUGCGCACGUGGUAGCACUCUCACUCUACAGAAUCCGUAAACCAGACCAAGUUAAAUUGCGUCUUCCUAUCUCAGAAACCCUUUUCCAGAUGAACAGGGAUCAGCUACAAAAGUUUAUUCAAUAUUUAAUCACGGCACACCACACCGAAGUUCUUCCUACUGCACAGAAACUGGCAGAUGAGAUUCUAUCCUCCAACUCAGAAAUCAACCAAGUGCAUGGUGCCCCUGACCCCACAGCUGGGGCCAGCAUUGAUGAUGAGAACUGUUGGCAUUUGGAUGAAGAGCAGGUGAAAGAACAAGUGAAGCUCUUUCUUUCCCAGGGUGGUUACUAUGGCUCUGGAAAGCAACUCAACUCAAUGUUUGCCAAGGUUCGAGAGAUGCUGCGGAUGAGAGAUUCCAAUGGAGCCAGGAUGUUGACACUUAUAACUGAGCAGUUUAUGGCUGACCCACGUCUCACACUCUGGAGGCAGCAAGGAACAAGCAUGACAGACAAGUGCAGGCAACUCUGGGAUGAGCUAGGGGCCCUAUGGGUGUGCAUCAUUUUAAAUCCACACUGCAAACUGGAGGAAAAAUCCUGUUGGCUGCUGCAACUACAGAAGUGGAGUGAUCUUGAUGUCUGUCCCCUGGAAGAUGGAAACUAUGGGCACGAGCUGCCCAACAUUACCAAUGCACUUCCCCAGAGUGCCAGUCACAGCCCAGACUCUUUAUCAAGACCAAGACGAACAGUGUUCACUAGAGCCAUCGAAGGCCGUGAACUGCAUUGGCAGGACAGCCACUUACAGCGAAUAAUCAGCAGUGAUAUAUAUACAGCUCCUGCCUGCCAGCGGGAAAGCGAGAGACUACUCUUUAAUUCUCAAGGCCAGCCAUUGUGGCUUGAGCAUGUGCCUACAGCCUGUGCUCGAGUUGAUGCCCUGCGUUCCCAUGGUUAUCCAAAAGAGGCCCUCAGACUCACAGUGGCCAUUAUCAAUACCCUGAGGUUGCAGCAACAGAGGCAACUGGAAAUCUACAAGCAUCAAAAGAAAGAACUGUUGCAGAGAGGAACCACAACCAUCACAAACCUGGAGGGCUGGGUGGGCCACCCACUGGAUCCCAUUGGCUGUCUGUUUCUCACUUUGACUGAGGCCUGCCGCCUGAAUGACUAUGGCUAUCUGGAAGUGUCAGAUAUGAGUGAAAGCAGAACCCCUGUGUACCAGCAUGUACCUGUAGCUGCAGGCUACCCAAACAGCAGUGAGUCCUACCUGUCAUUGGCUCUCGAAGUUGCUCUGAUGGGAAUGGGUCAACAGAGGGUGAUGCCUGAAGGCCUCUACGCACAGGACAAGGUGUGCCGUAAUGAGGAGCAACUCCUGAGUCGACUCCAGGAGCUGCAGCUGGACGAUGAACUAGUGCAAACACUGCGAAAACAGUGCAUCUUACUGCUAGAAGGAGGUCCCUUCAGCGGUCUGGGAGAAGUCAUCCACCGAGAGAGCGUGCCCAUGCAUACCUUUGCCAAGUAUUUGUUCUCAGCUCUGCUGCCUCAUGAUCCAGACCUGUCCUAUAAAUUAGCCUUACGUGCUAUGAGGUUUCCGGUUCUAGAAAACUCAGCUUCUGCAGGUGACACUACCCACCCUCACCAUAUGGUGUCUGUGGUACCCAGCCGUUACCCUCGCUGGUUCACGCUUGGACAUUUGGAAUCACAGCAGUGUGAACUGGCCUCCACCAUGCUGACUGCUGCCAAAGGGGAUACUCUGAGGCUUCGAACAAUCCUGGAAGCAAUACAGAAGCACAUCCAUUCUUCCUCCCUCAUCUUCAAAUUGGCUCAGGAUGCAUUCAAGAUUGCUACUCCCACAGACAAUAGUACUGACAGCACCCUGCUCAAUGUGGCCCUGGAGCUAGGGUUACAGGUGAUGCGGAUGACCUUAUCGACCCUUAACUGGAGGCGCCGGGAGAUGGUGCGAUGGUUGGUGACAUGUGCUACAGAAGUGGGUGUGCGGGCCCUGGUGAGCAUCUUGCAGAGCUGGUACACGCUCUUCACCCCCACCGAGGCUACUAGUAUUGUAGCUGCCACAGCUGUGUCCCACACUACUAUCCUGCGUCUCAGUCUCGACUAUCCACAGCGGGAGGAGCUAGCUAGCUGCGCCCGCACCCUGGCCCUGCAGUGUGCUAUGAAGGAUCCACAGAGCUGUGCCCUGUCAGCCCUUACACUCUGUGAGAAAGACCACAUCGCCUUUGAGGCAGCCUACCAGAUCGCCAUUGAUGCUGCUGCUGGUGGCAUGACCCAUUCACAGCUGUUCACCAUCGCCCGCUACAUGGAGCUCCGUGGCUACCCGCUACGUGCCUUCAAGUUGGCCUCACUGGCCAUGAGUCAUCUCAACCUGGCCUAUAACCAGGACACCCACCCAGCCAUCAAUGAUGUGCUCUGGGCAUGCGCCCUCAGCCACUCUCUGGGCAAGAAUGAGCUGGCGGCUCUGAUCCCCCUGGUGGUGAAGAGUGUGCAUUGCGCCACAGUGCUUUCAGACAUACUGCGGCGCUGCACGGUGACUGCACCUGGCCUGGCCGGCAUCCCAGGUCGCCGCAGCUCCGGAAAGCUCAUGUCCACAGACAAAGCUCCUCUGCGCCAGCUGCUGGAUGCCACCAUCAAUGCCUAUAUCAACACCACACACUCACGCCUGACACACAUCAGCCCCCGCCACUACGGAGAGUUCAUUGAGUUUCUGAGCAAGGCUCGGGAGACCUUCCUGCUGCCCCAGGAUGGCCACCUGCAGUUUGCCCAGUUCAUCGACAACCUCAAACAGAUCUACAAAGGCAAGAAGAAGCUAAUGCUGCUGGUGCGAGAGCGCUUUGGCUGAAAAAAGCAGACAGCUCACCACCAGGGCAGGCUGGGCUCCCAGGCUCCAUCAGGUCAGGCCAAGGGCACUGAAACAUUUGUCCCCCUGAGGACUCUGAGUACCUGUGAUUGAAACCAAAGGACCACAGGGCUAAGGAUGGGGAGAGUCCAACUCUAGCCAAUAUGGUUGCCUUGGGAAGGUUCUCACUACAGCCCACUGUUCCUGGGGGAGCUGGGCCCUGCAGAUCGAUCAGAAACCCCACAACAUGCCACCUCGCACCCCUAUAUCCUGCAUUUCCUGGGCAUUGGCCCUCUCUCCCUUGGCAAACACAAACACAGUUCCGUCUCAGGGAUUGCUUAACCAGAGAAGCAGAAGCAUUUAUGGUACUGUAAAUACUAUACUAUAUGUGUUGCCAGUGACAUUGUAAAGUUGUAACUAUUUAUAAUUCUGGUUCUAAUUUGAAGGGCACUUGAAGUAGCCGUGGGUGGGAGGAUAGGCUGGUUGAAAGGAGGUCUUUUGUUUUCUGAGGAGAUUCACAACCAUUUCUCAGGUUUCCCUUAUAGAGUGUAUGCUCUUGGCCAUGGAAGAGUGGGGGCAGUGGGGAGAAAAAUGGCCAGUUGGAAUAAUUCCCUAGUCUAGUCUAUGCAGAAACCCCAGCCUGCAGACAGGCAUCUGUAGCCCAGAUGUGGGUGAGGGGCAGAGGCCAGGACUUAGGCUUUUGGCUCAUGAAGCCAUGAGGACACUAAAGCUCCUGUUCCUGCUCCUGCCUUACACAGCUUCUUGGGAGCCUGCUGAGCACCUGAGAAGCAAGUGCAGGGAGAAGAUGAGACCCUGGGGUCUAGGAAGCCAUUGAGCUCAUGAUAUACAUCUACUCUGGUCACCUUUAUGUUAGAGAGCUUAUUGUUUAAUCUCUGAUUGUGUAUGCGUGUGAUUAUCUGCGUGGCCAAAUACGUGUCUGUGUGCACAAAUAUCUGUGCAUGCCUGUCUGUAUGUGCACAUAUAUGUAUGUGUACCUGUAUCCGUUCUGCAUGUGUCUGUAUACAUGUAUGAAUACAUGUAUGUGUUGGACUGUGGAUGUGAGGAGGUAUACAUUUGCAUACAUAUGUGAAUCUGUAUGUGUAUAAAUGCACUUAUGUUGGUAUGUGUAUGCAUGUUUAGUGUGUGUGUAUCUGGGCACACAUAAGUGCACAUGUGUAAACAUGUUUAUAUCUGUGUGUAUGCCUGCUGUUCAUGGAUGUGUCUUUAUGUGUAUAUAUUUCUACAUGUACUUAUGUCUGCGUACUCAUGUUUGAGGGUCUACAUGAAUGUGUCUCUUCUGUCUUUGCCAGAUUUCUCUUCCUUAUUCCUCUCUGUCUGUCUCACCAGCUAAACUUUUCCCCUGUCUCUGCGCCUCCUCUAUUCACCAUUCUCUCUCGCCAGCAACCUUCUAAGCACCAGUCUCUCUCUGCCCAAAAACUGGCUGCUUGAGCUCCAGUUCUCUUCUCACUCCAUACUUGCUUUCUUCCCCUGCCUUUCUACCUCAAGCUUCCUCUGCCUGCUUUUGUCAGUCCCCCUGGUCCCUGAUUUGGAGGCUAGGGCUAGAAUGCAUUUGGCCUUCCCCUUCCUAAUUUCUAGUCCUACUGGACUACUUGUUUCUUAGCUCUGGCAGACCUCCACAGUGUACCAUGUUCCUGCUACCUGCCUGUCCCCUCUUCUCAAUAUGGAAUGUUUAUAGGAGGUAGCAAGGGACAUUCAGAAGAGUCAUUUGGAUACCAGUGUCUUGUGUUUACUGUUUCAUGUCUUAGUUUCUGAGUAGGGGGUGGGGUGUUAGAGGGAAGGGUGGCAUAGCUAGAGUGUGAACUAAGGACCUCACUGUCUGCUUUAUUUUCCUUUCUUUGACAAGCUGUUUGUCACCCCUCUUUGCUCCAAACUGACCAAUAAGUUGUAUUUACUGUUUGUGGCUACUUAAGUCUUAGUAUCCAGCCGUGGGUCCCUACAACCUCUAGGCCCAAUGGGUUGUUAAAAAAAAAAAAGAGAGAAGCCACUCCCAUUUCUGUAUCACGAUUACCUUUUUUUAGCAAAUGUGUGAACUCACAGUGCUUUUCUAUGACUAAAUCAUGGAUCACAGAAAAGAUAAUUUUUCUAAAAGCAGAAAUUGCAUUCUCUUAAUAAACGAGGCCCUUCUCUCUCUCCGCAUUGCCUGGCUGGGACAGGUUUCCAGUUGGGCCUGUAACACAGUGCGUUCCUGGUGGUCUGAGAUGGGGGAUGACAAA